GAUUGAUGGAGAAGGAAGGGGAAGACCUACGUCUCCAUCAAUAGUUAAAAGAAGAAGAAAUAGAAAUGCACUUCGCCUGUAAGUUACUACAACACAUGAACCAAAGCAACCUCAUUAAUGACCUUCAGAACGUAUCUCAACGCUUAAGACGCAGUGCCCUACGAGAAGGGAAGAUGAGAAACUCGGCCCCACAAAGCCAUUGGUCAUCACAUGUUUCGCAAAAGAAGAUUCAUGACUAGAAAACAACAAAUGAACAAAAAGCACAGCUAUCGUUGUGGACACUCCCCACGUAAUUAGUACUUGACAAUGAUUUUCAGAAAUAAAAGUGGCAUUGCGGUACCAAAGAGAAGAGCGCUUCCUUUCUCAGAGGUGAAAAAUGAAGAACAAGUCGAAGAGAGCAGAUUUCAUGCCUCAACUUCUUCCACCGACACUGCUGCUGCUGCUGCUAUUGUUUCAGAACCCUUGUUGUUCCCACUGUAGAGUUGCCGAUGCAGAGGUCGCCUUUUACCGUGGAAUGUGCAAUGGUUCCAUGGCGGAAUGUGGGGAGAUUGGAGAGGAAUUCCCAAUGGAGUCUGAGACAAGUCGAAGGAUUCUUCAGGCAUCCAAACGCAUUAGCUAUGGAGCGCUUAGUAGAGAUCGAGCAGCUUGCGGUGCCAAUUGUAAACCAGGUGUUCCUUACGCAAACACAUUGACAAGGCCGUGUACGAAGAUUUAUCAGUGUAGAAGUGGAGGCAAAAGGUAAGAAGAUAUAAUGUAUCCUUGUAACUUUCAUUUCAACAUAUUCUGCCUUUUUGUUGAACUGUAAGUGUGGAAUUCCUUGUCAUUCUAUAAUAUCCUAGUUGUAAUAAAUUCAUAACAGGAAGGAAUAUCAUCCUGUUCUAUGUUAACGCAGAAAAAUAAAAAAUAAAAUUAUAAGCUUGAAUUCAGUAUCAUCAUUGGGGUUAGGUGAAGUGCGGCCCCUCUGCUUAUCCCUAAUGCGACUUCCACUUCCACUUCCACAGUUCCACUACCACCUUUUAGCCCCAAAAAAAAAAUCUUGGUACUCUCUAUAAAGUAAGAAGAAUAAUAAUUGAAGGAAACCUGACCAAAAAGCAGAACAUAAAAAGAGAGAUCUACCAUGAAGUACUCCGUCUUCCUCCAUAUCAGCUUCCUUCUGUUCUUCAGCCUGACCCAUCUUAGCAACUGUGCCUUCUCCUCUGUUACUGAUGCAUUCACAACCUGCAAUGGAUCAAUAGCAGAGUGCAAUGAAGAGCAUGAGAUGCUAAUGGAAUCAGAAAUCAUCCAGAGGUUCUUAGAACAAGGGAAAUACAUAUCACCUGGUGCUCUGAAAAGAGACCAGCCUGUUUGUGACGGUCCUGGUGGUCAGGCUUACAGCAAAGGCAGCUGUCUUCCACAACCAUCCAAUCCUAAAGAGCGAGGGUGCUCUAGGUACUAUCAGUGCAGGUCUGGUUAAUGAUCAUUGUGUGUUUUCAGUGUUAGCUGUAGUGAAAUGUUUAUUGCCUUCUUAAGAGUCCUAGAGAUCUGUAUCUUCAUGUUUUGUGCUUUGAUGUGUGUCCUUCUGUGGUUUCAAUGAAAAGGGAGUUGGGAA